AUGGCAUUCUAUUCAAGUUCAUCGAGUUCAUCAGGGCCGACUCAAACAAUGGCCACCGAGAAGGAUUUGGCAAAUGAUAUUGUAGUAAAUAACCCAGCAGAAGACUCCAUUUCAGAUAUUGCCUUCAGUCCUCAGCAAGAUUUCUUAUUUAGUAGCAGUUCUUGGGAUGGAAAAGUUCGAAUUUGGGAUGUUCAGAAUGGUAUAGCACAAGGUAGAAGCCAAUAUGAACAUAUGGGGCCUGUCUUAACGACAAGAUGGUCAAACGAUGGUACCAAAGUAGCAUCAGGUGGCUGUGAUAAUAUUGUCAAAUUGUUUGAUGUAGCAAGUGGACAAAAUCAACAAAUUGGUGCUCAUGAUGCUCCAGUGAAAGUCUUAAGAUUUGUUAAUUGUGGUCCAACAAAUACAGAGUGCUUAGUUACAGGGUCAUGGGAUAAAUCUAUUAAAUAUUGGGACUUAAGGCAAGCACAACCAAUUACUACUUUAAUGAUGCCAGAUCGUGUUUAUGCGAUGGAUAGUAAACAACAACUUUUAGUUGUUGGUACAGCUGAAAGGCAUAUUGCAAUAAUAAAUUUAAGUAAUCCUACAACCAUCUUCAAGACGAUAUUAUCUCCAUUGAAAUGGCAGACUCGAGUUAUUUCAUGUUAUAAUGAAGGUGACGGUUAUGCGGUUGGAUCUGUUGAAGGUAGAUGUGCCAUUAGGUAUGUUGAUGAUGAAGUACAAAAGAAAUCUGGAUUUUCAUUUAAAUGUCAUAGACAAACAAGUCCCAAUAGAGCACCUGGCUCACAAGGUCAAUCAAUGGUUUAUCCUCUUAAUAGUAUAGCAUUCCAUCCUGUCUAUGGUACAUUCGUUACAGCAGGUGGUGAUGGGUCAUUCCAUUUUUGGGAUAAGAAUCAUAGACAUAGAUUAAGAGGGUUCCCAUCAUUACAAGCAUCAAUCCCUGUAGUAAGUUUUAAUAGAAGUGGUUCAGUAAUGGCUUAUGCUUUAAGUUAUGAUUGGCAUCAAGGAUAUAUGGGUAAUAGACCUGAUUAUCCAAAUGUCAUCAGAUUACAUCCAACAACUGAUGAUGAAGUGAAAGAAAAGAGGAAACGUUAA